UCCCAAUCUCCCUGAGCUUGUCUGUGUGUGUUAACACUUCCGUUGAAAAAUGUCACAAACGAGAGAAGCACCGAUCCUCCGACGAAGGAAGAAUGAUCUCCCACACGACAUCGUACUCAAAAUCCUGACAAGGCUCCCUGCCAAAUCAGUCAUAAGAUUCAGGUGCGUUUGCAAACCCUGGGACUCCUCAAUCACCACCCCCUAUUUCAUCUCUACUCACCUUAAUAACUUCGCUCAUGAUAAUGAUAAUGAUAAUGGUGAUGGUUAUAUCAUACACAUGCCAUGGCAUACAAAUUCUUCUAACAGAGCAGUCUGUACGGUCGCUUUCGACCGCACCUUUGAUAGGAUUUCUGAGAUCGAAGUUCCCUUUAAUUUUCCUUUUAAGUCUAUCCGAAUAGUCGGUUCUUGCAAUGGGUUAUUGUGUAUUGCUUGUACUUGGGGUCGCAACAUUUCCGAUUAUGUUAUAUUAUUGUGGAACCCCAGCAUUAGAAAAUUCAAGAGGUCGCCUGAUUCUUGCUUCGGAAAGUUGGGUAUUGUUACACUCGGAUUUGCGUAUCAUUCGGAGAACAAUGCCUAUAAGGUUUUGAGGAUUUCGAGUUAUCCUGAAGAGGGACCACCUAUUCCUGAUGAGAUUGAGGUGUACACAUUAAGUUCGGAUUCAUGGAGAAGGGUUGGGAUGUCAUUGAGAGCCAAUGUUAUGGAACUUAAUCAUUGUUCUCUGUUGCCAUUGCCAUUGGUUAGUGGAGCUUUGCACUGGAUCUCAUGUGUCGUAGAAGGAGAAGAAGAGCGCAAGAGUGAAGUGAUUAUGUCAUUUGAUGUCAAUAGUGAGGAAUUUAGAAUGUUAAGAAUACCUGAUGGUGCUAUGUCAACAGUGGGAUUUCAGACACGUCUUGCAUCAUUCAAGGGGAAACUGGCUUUCCUUACAUGUGGACAAAGUGAACAACCUGGUGUCGACCAAUACUCCAUCUGGGUGAUGAGGGAGUAUGGCGUGCUUGAGUCUUGGAAUAAACUUUUUGUUGUACCACUUGAGAGAUUAGCUUUCUGCAUUGCCUUCACUAUGUGUGGUUCACUUUUGACUCACUACCCCGAGACCAUCAAUCAAGAACAGAAGUUUGUUUUAGUUGACACCGAAACUCUACAUGAGAAGGAUCUUGAUAUCCAACAACCUUCAAGUGUAGCUACCUUCAUGGAGAGCCUUGCUUUACUUGAUGGAGCGAACAUGGUGUCUUACUAAGUGGUUGGUGGCAUGCAUAUUAUAAGUGAAGUCCCUAGUGGUAUGGACUAUGGAUGAAUUUUCCUUUAGUAGUAGGCAUAAUAGUAUUGCAAAAGGCUUGAUUUUUGUCCCUGGUUUACAAUAUCCUUUUGUGGCUAUUAUAGUAUUAUAUAUUAGUAUAUGAUAUUUCUCUGUA